UUGAUGGGAAGUUGGGGAGGAGGAAGUUGAUGUUUUUGAUAUUCAAGAUUCCGAAUUGAUUCAGAAUCAUAAGGAAGAUGGUUUACAAAACUUUGUCGAAUUCCGUAGGCAUAGAGGCGCAGCCAGAAGUAUGUCCAUAUAACAUGACAUUAGAGCCAUCGGAAGUGAUCCAGUUUCCAGUCGAAAUAAAUUUAACAAGCAACCAACGCAAUCCCAGAUUGACUGAAGAUUGUACAGUUGUAGAUGAUCAGUCACUGUCAGAUCCAUUCAGUGCUGAUGAUAGCAAUGCCGAUCCAGAUUAUGAUGUGAGUGAAGAGACAUCCACCACUUCAAGUUUAGCGUCAUCAUUAAUAAACGAGCCUGCAACGCUUCAUGAUGAAAGCAGUGGGGUUAAGAAAAGAAAGGUGCUAAACGCCUCCAAAUCAAAAAAAAAGGCAAAAAGCGGACAUCUUACAAGGAAAACUGUAUAAGGAAUACUGCAAAAAAGUUAAGGAAUACUGGACAGGCUUAUUUAUCAAAAGGAAAAAAGAUUAUUCCA